UUAAACAAAAGCAAGAAUAGAACGAUUUUCGUAACACUGUUCAUGUCAAGAUGCUAUUGUUUAUCGUGAACAGUGUUCAUAUUCUCAAACAUAGAUCUUAUACCGGGUAUUUUCUCUGUAAAUGUAGAAAUGUAAAUAUGUUUUAUCUUCUGACACCAAACACAUAAAACAUGUUUUAUUAAUUACAGUAACAUCUGUCACUUGAAGGUGGUGAAUAUAGUCUUAUGUUGAGCUGAGAUUUCUGACAAAUAGCUAUACACAUUUUUCUCUUACAAAAACAACCGAUAACUGGCUAGAUAUUAUAUAGAGGGAUUUAACCUUCACCAUGCUGAUAACUUGCUUCUACGCUGACGUUAAUCGUGUUAUAUUUCACGCAUCAUUUCGGGGUCAAUGGGUCAAAAGACCUUACUGUAGCUAAUAAAACGAUUAAAUGGUUCAUAUUUUUAGAUCGGGAUCAAAUUUCUAGGUUAAUAGCUAGUUAUUGUAAAAUUUAAAAUCUGUAAAAGUUUAAUUUGUGAAAUUGGAGCGUUACUUGGUGGUGAUAAAAUAACGCGUGGUGGAUUAUUGGUUGUUUAGUUUUAUUUAUAAAGAUAUUAACCAAAUAGUUUAAGGAUAUUACAUGACGGGAGGAACAUAUUUAAACAUGUAUAGUGUCUUUGUAAUUUCUGUUAUGAUCGCGUAUUCUUCCGCUCAAACAUCGGCGGGCAUUUCGGCUUUUGAAGAAUUAACCCAGUCGGGGACAUCGUUCAACAUUAACCCUGUGAAAGUUACAUCCGACGAGGAUCAACCUCUGUUGAUGUUUUAUCUGGUUAAUUCCUCGCUGAAACCGAGAAUAGAAGUUCUAAUGGAUUCUGACUUUACAAUAAUAUACGAUUAUUCUGUCGUUUGUGUUAGUACAGAUGUGUCAUUUUUGCUAACUGUAUCUGUAACCAAAGAUCAGAAUCUUGAAAUUAUUGAAAAAUCGGAGUUUAUUAUAUCUUGUGAAAAUGCUACAGAAACAGUGGUUAGCUUACACAAAUUGAGACAAGCUUGGAAUAAAACUGACCAAUCAAAACCAAACGACGAGUUCAGAACAGUUUACAUAGCAGACGGACAGAUAGAUGUCAAAAUGAGAAGUGGAAUUAUUGGAUACAGUGACGUAAUAUUUUCAAUACAAAGUGUUGGGAAUGACACCAAAGAUACCACAUCUCACAAUGAACCAAUCACAUCCAGCAACUCCACGUCUUUAGUGAUUCAUGAUUCAAAGAGCUCCUACGAAACACUGACAUAUCAAGUCACUAUUGUUAGAAAAAUGAGACCACUUGAUAAACUGUUUCGUGUGGUAGUUUACGCCGUACAGAUUUUUGUUGCGACGGGGUUCGGGGCAAAACUAGACUUAAAAGUUGUUAAGGAAAACUUGUUCCGUCCAGUGGCGCCAGGGAUCGGGCUGACAUGCCAAUAUCUACUUAUGCCUUUGAUAGCGUUUGGAGCGUCGAGGGCGGUGUCCGGGGAGAUGCCAACUGUAGCACUGGGGAUCUUCCUUGCAGGCUGUUGCCCGGGUGGUGGCGCUAGUAACACAUAUACCUAUCUACUAAAGGGGGAUCUUUCACUGUCAAUUACAAUGACGGCUCUCAGUACCAUAGCUGCAUUGGCAAUGUUGCCGUUUUGGUUGUAUACGCUGGGCAGGACGUUUACAGCCGGUGGGGAAGAUUUGAGUAUCCCAUUUGAAAUGGUCGCCGUGUCACUUUCCUUGCUUAUUUUACCGCUAAUUGGAGGCGUGAUGCUGAGGCAGAAAUUUCCUAAAGCAGCCGACAAACUUCAGAAAAUCCUCAAACCUUUUAUUGUUAUUAUGGCUUUAGUACUAAUUAUUGUUGGGGUUUUAGCUAACUUAUAUAUAUUUCGUUUAUUCAACCCUAAAAUCAUAUUAGCUGCUUGUUUGUUGCCAUAUGUUGGAUUCCUUUGCGGAGGAGUUGUCGCUGCCAUAUUUAGGCAACCAUGGACGAAAAUUAAAACUAUUUCCAUAGAAACGGGCAUGCAAAACACAAGUAUUGCUUAUAUUUUGCUUAUCAAUUCUUUCCCAGCACCUUCCGGUGACAUAGCAGCAGUUGCUCCGGUGGCGUCAGCUGUAAUGACGCCACUUCCUCCAUUCAUAGUAACAGUAUGUUAUCUGUCAUACCAGUCUUGGAAAAAGCGCAAAGGAAAUGCUGACAACAAAGGUAAGCCUAAAACAACAAAUGAUGAUGCUGAACUCGCGGCAGAGAAUAUUAAUGACGGUGCAGACGAAAAAUUAAUAACGGAAAUGACGUCACUAGAAGAGAAGCCUGCAACCAAUAAAUCGGAAACCUGCAUCACUGCAGCAGACUACAAAGGAAAAGUAAAAUCUUCGGACAGUAAAGAUUCUGGUGUCGAUGAAAAUAUCGAGCAAACGAAACCGACGCCUAUGAAUGAAAAUGACAGUUCAAAACUUGAUCAGUAGUAGAAAUAUUGACUCAAAGGAGUAAGAACGGGCGCCGAUUGCC